CGGUUGUUUUGUGCCGUCUUCUCGCCGGCGCGGCCUAUCGAGAGCGAACCAAUUUCGAAGGAGAUCUCCGACGCUAGUGACCGAUCUCCGACCCAAAGCGAGCCAGGAUCCGCCACGGAACGGCAGUAUCGACGCGGAGACGACCACCGUGAAGCGAGGAGACUGAUCCGGAGUAAAGGCGAGGAGGAGCCCGACUUUUUGACGCAAUGGCUGUGCACAUGGAAAUGCAUGGCUUUGUUGUGUAUUCUGGCCUUAAUACUAAUGACUAUUGAAUUGGGCUCUUUAUAUUUCACUCGUUACAUGGACGCGCCGGUUUUCCCGGAAAUUCCAGACUCAUCGUUGGAGGAUGUUACAGUAAAUUCGAUGCGCUUCGUGGAAAGGAAUGAAUGGGUCGCCCAGCUGCCCUCGAUGCCUUUAAUGAAGCUGAAGUUGCCGGUGCCCUAUGUGAUCAUCAGUCACACCGCCACAGACUUCUGCACUACACAGUCCGAGUGCACAUUUCGCGUGAGACUCGCGCAGACCUACCAUAUCGAGAUGAGGAACUGGUCAGACAUCGACUACAACUUUCUCGUUGGCGGCGACGGCCUCGCAUACGUCGGCAGAAGCUGGGACUAUGUCGGCGCCCAUUCCUUUGGCUACAACAAUCGCAGCAUCGGUAUUUCAUUCAUCGGCACCUUCCAUAAUGUCAAACCGCCAAAAGUACAGUUGUAUGCCGCACAAAAGAUCAUCGAGAUCGGCGUUGAGACCGGUAAGAUUGCUCCUGACUAUAAGCUCUUGGGCCAUCGACAAGUCUCGAAUACCUCGAGUCCUGGAGAAACUCUGUAUGACAUCUUAAAGUCGUGGCCACAUUAGGUACCCACUUCUUGACGCAAAUAACGCGCAAGAGUUUACUGCGUUAAGGAACGAGAUUGCGAAAUGAUUUCCGGUCUCUUGUCCAUCUCUUUCGGAUCUAAACGCGUGAUGUUUGUUUAUUUGGUAAAAACACAAUUCCAAUUUUAGUAAUAGCUGACCGUAGAAAUUAUUUCUCAGCAAACUAUUAAAUGUUGGUAAUGUUACAUCAAUUUUACAAUGUUUCACUUAACACUAUG